AGUUUGUCGCACUCGUGCAUAAAUCCCGUAAGAAGAAGGGAACGGCUGAGAAAGUGGGCUUUUCUUCUCAACCGAACCCUGUGCGCCACAGUGGAGAAACUCGUCGUGCGCUUCAGCUUUAUUAGACGCGAGUUUCAUCUGUCAAGUCUGCCUGGAUCUGUGUGCUGGUCCAUCCUCUCCCCAAGUCCUUCAAGAACCUGAGCUCCCACCAGGAUGAGAAGUGAAAGCCUACUGAUGGGCGUGUCCCUGCUUCUGCUGCUCCAGCCGACGACAUCCAUGGCCAUGCCACAGAACUCCACCAGUUGGCAGCAGAUUCUGGACAAGUACCUGGACGAGAGCGGGGAGGCGUGGAAGGCCAAGCAGAGGGGGAAGAGGGCCAUUUCCGACACUGACGCUCAGCUCAUUCUAGACCUGCACAACAAGCUCCGAGGUCAGGUCUACCCACCUGCGUCCAACAUGGAGUACAUGGAAUGGGACACGGAGUUGGAGCGCACAGCAGAGGAGUGGGCCGAGACCUGUCUGUGGGAGCACGGCCCGGCCGGCUUGUUACCCCAGAUUGGACAAAAUCUAGGGGCUCACUGGGGAAGGUAUCGCCCACCCACUUUCCACGUCCAGGCCUGGUACGAUGAAGUCAAAGACUUCUCGUUCCCGUACCCUCAGGAAUGUAACCCCUACUGCCCCUACAGAUGUUCUGGUCCUGUGUGCACUCACUACACUCAGCUGGUGUGGGCCACAAGCAGCCGGAUUGGAUGCGCCGUGAAUUUGUGCUACAACAUGAACGUGUGGGGUCAGAUUUGGGCCAAAGCUGUUUAUCUGGUCUGCAACUACUCGCCAAAGGGAAACUGGUGGGGCCAUGCUCCGUAUAAACACGGGACCCCAUGCUCCGCCUGUCCCCCCAGCUAUGGAGGUGGAUGCAAGGACAACCUCUGCUACAAAAAUGACAACCCCAACCGUCCUCCGGAGGAAAAAGAAGAAAACAACUUCAUUGAACAAGAGCCUCCCCGUGCGCCACAGCGGUUCCGGCCCCAGGCCCCUAAACCAGAGCCUGCUGGUAUCCCCACCCCAGCCCCCACUGUGCCCCCCACAGAGGACGAGAACAAGAAUGAAGUGGUCAACACAGAGCAGAUGUCACAACUAGUGACCUGUGACACAAAGCUACGUGAUCAAUGUAAAGGAACGCCGUGCAACAGAUACGAGUGUCCAGCUGGAUGUUUGGAUGCCACAGGAAAAGUGGUUGGGACCGUUUACUAUGAAAUGCAAUCAAGUGUGUGCAGGGCUGGUCUGCAUGCUGGUAUCAUUGAUAAUGAUGGAGGAUGGCUCGACGUCACGAGGCAAGGGCGAAAGGACUAUUUUAUAAAGUCCAACAAGAACGGCGUCCAGACUCUCGGGAAAUAUCAGAGCGCCAAUUCCUUCACAGUUUCCAGAGUAGCAGUCACAGCGAUUACGUGUGAGACAACAGUUGCGCAGCUGUGUCCAUACCAGAGGCCGGUGAGACACUGUCCGAGGUUGUACUGCCCGGGAAAUUGUUUAGAAGAGAACUCCAGUGAAUACAGGGUCAUUGGCUCUGGAAUAUACUCAGAUAGUUCCAGCAUAUGCCGGGCAGCGAUACACGCCGGAGUCAUCAGGAACCAUGUGGGCGGAUACAUAGAUGUGAUGCCCGUAGACAAGCGGAGACAAUAUAGCGCUUCCUAUCAAAAUGGCAUUUACUCUGAAAGUCUUCAAAACCCCCCUGGAGGGAAGGCGUUCCGGGUGUUUGCUGUGAUUUGAGUGACCCGCGACACGGCUGUAAACCGGAGGCGUGCUGAUGAAUAGGCCUUGAUCAGAACCCCGCUGUCAAUGACUGAAAUAUUUCUGCCUUUGCUCCGCCGCGUGGGUCACAGGUCGUCUCCAUGGCAGCAUCAACAAAAACUUGACACCUGCAUGAAAAGAAGCUGUCUGGAAUUCACGGGACAUUUAUGAACUGUAAAUACUUUUUGCUGAUGUUUUGAAACUGAGUGGUUGGUUGCGUUUUGUGUCCGAGUAUUGAUGGUGUAAACCCUAUGCUAUAGCAGUGUGUAAUGGCACUUACGGCUCGUUGAUAUAUAUUAUUUCAAGGCACAUUUUUACAAGUGCUCUAGUACAGGGUUUUGUAUUUGAAUGAGUGUCUAACACAACUAUUUUUUUAUAUGCUUCUUAGGUAUCAGUAUGAGUCAUUAAAAACGCUGCUACAGAAUUCAUGACUUUCAUUUCAAUAAAACAGGAGUUUUGGUUUUGUUCAUGAAACGCUCUCCUGCAGGCGGGAAGGUUGCCGAAUGAAAACUACAGUUUAAAUGUUCAGAAAUUUGGAUUAACCUGUUUGUGACACAAUAUUAGUUGUUUGUCUUUAUAUGUCCUGCCAUGACAAAUUCGUUACGUUUUCGUUUCCAUGUCUCUUGUAUA